AUGCAUACGAUAUUCCUACGAGAACACAAUCGUAUAGCAGCAAUAAUGGAAGGUUACAAUCCGGGCGUGGACAGUGAGACAAUCUUCCAAGAGACACGAAAGAUUGUCGGUGCGCAGAUGCAGCAUAUCACCUUCUAUCACUGGUUACCCAAAGUACUUGGUCAGGACAACUUCAAGCGUCUGAUAGGACCGUAUCGUGGCUAUUACCCUGAGAUUGAUGCGAGUAUUUCGAAUGAAUUCGCUACGGCUGCAUUCCGUUUUGGACACACGCUCAUCAGUCCUGUUCUUUAUAGACUGAACGCUGAUUUCAAACCGAUACGUGAGGGUCAUGUUUCGCUGCGUGAUGCCUUCUUUGCGCCUGAAACCUUCUUGGCCGCCGGUGGAAUCGAUCCUCUUCUACGAGGUCUUUUCGCAUCACCAAUGAAGAAACCUUUAUCCGAAGAAUUGCUCAACAAAGAACUCACUGAACAAUUGUUCCAUCGUGCAUAUAAUCUUGCUCUCGAUUUGGCAUCGUUGAAUAUUCAACGAGGUCGUGAUCAUGGUUUACCUGGAUAUGCUGCAUUCCGCAAAUGGUGUAACUUGAGCGCUAUUGAGAACUGGAAUGAUCUGGACGGUAUAAUACCUGUCAGGACGAUUGCUAAGCUCAAACAGCUGUAUGGCCAUCCAGGUUAA